AUGGCUCAGGAGGUCAUCGACCGAAUCCCAUCUUUCAGGUGGACGGAGGACCAAGGCAGACAGACGGGACAGACUCAGUGCAUGGUUUGCCUGUGUCCUUUCGAUGACGACGAGGUGCGGCGACUGCCCUGUGGGCACGUCUUCCAUCGAAACUGCAUUGAUGAGUGGCUCCGCCGAUGCACGGAUUGCCCGAUCUGCAAAGCCAAUGUUGACCGGUCAGUCCGGCAGUAUUGA